UAAAUUUACAUUAAUGGUGUCAAUGUUAUUGCCUAUCUGUUUAUUUACUACAGAAAUUUGACACCACUAAAAAAUAAACUACAAAACCACAGGAAAUCCAAAUUAAUUAUCAACCAAUAUCAUAUAAUUUCAGCUUUUUCACAAAAACAACAAUAUUUUUAUAGAAUUUACUUAUAAAAGGUUGCUUUCACCUAUUCUAUUUCAUAUAAUAUUUUCCAAUUGAUGAUUAGAAUGGCACUAAACACAUCAAGAAAAGUUGCGAUUGUAACUGGGUCUAAUAAAGGUAUCGGAUAUGCAAUUGUCAAAGGUUUAUGUGAUAAAUUCGAUGGAGUGGUUUAUUUAACUGCACGCAACUCCGAACGUGGAAUUGAAGCUGUUAAGAAAUUAAAAGACGCAGGAUUUAACCCUUUGUUCCAUCAACUUGAUGUUGAUAAUCAAGAAAGUGUCAACAAAUUUCGUGACUUUAUAAAAAAUGAACACGGAGGUGUUGAUCUAUUAAUCAAUAAUGCUGCUAUUGCUUAUAAUCAAGAUUCUAAAGAACCAUUCUCAAAACAAGCUUCUGAUACAAUAAAAACUAACUAUUUUGGACUUCUUCGAGUUUGUGAAGCUUUCUUUCCUUUAUUGCGGAAAGAUGCAAGAGUGGUUAACGUAUCAAGCUCAGCCGGACAUCUUGCUAGAAUUCCUUCCAUAGAAUUACGAGCCAAAUUCAGUGAUUCUAAUCUUACCGUCGAAAAAUUAAGUACACUCAUGAAUGAAUUCGUAAAGCAAACUGAAAACGGUACCCACGAAGCAAGUGGUUGGGGUUCUAAUUCGUACGUUGUUUCAAAAGUUGGAGUAUCGGCAUUAACAAGAAUUCAACAAAAAAUGUUAGAAUCCGAAGAGCUUAGCCGAAACAUUUCCGUUAAUUCAGUACAUCCUGGUUAUGUUGAUACAGACAUGACUAAUCAUAAAGGUGUGUUGACUAUCGAAGAAGGAGCCAGGGCCCCAUUAUUUUUAGCCUUAGAUGCUGAAAAUAUGAAAGGCCAAUACAUUUGGAGUAACAGUCAAGUUGUUGAUUGGUUGUCUCCAUCUCCACCGCCUAGAAUUUAAAUUUUUUGUGAAAUGUUAAAAAAAGGAGAUUAAAAUAAAUUCAGUAUAUAAAUAAA